CCCCAAAACCUUCCAACAACGUCAAAUAUAAUUGAUAAUUCCAUCUUCGAUAGCCGACAGCUACAGCCUCUAUAGCGCACCUUCAACGCCUACAAAAAUCUCCUCUCAAUCCGACAAAAUGUAUGCUACUCGAGCUCUGAGAAUGAUGCCCACGAGGCGCAUGAUGUUCCCCAUUCCCAAGGAAGACCAAAGCGCGCACACCGUGUCUCAACGCCUACGAAAGUUGCGACAAAUUCCGGCAGAGUUGCUCCCGCUUGGUGUUGUCGUUGCUUUCGCCGUCUUCGCCGCCGGUUACUCCAGCUUCCGCAAGUUCAGGGUCGACAAGAACCUCCGUCUUAGCCGCCAAAACCGCAAAGCCGAGCCUUCGGAUCACGAGGAGCACGCCGAGCACUGAGAAAAUUCGUCAUGAUACGAGGGAUGGAUUUGGAAUUUGGCCAGCCGGAACAGGCUUACCAGGAAAGGGCGCGUUUUCGUUCAGAGAAGCAUAGCACUGUACAUGUAACCACC